AUAUUGGCGGGUGUUAGUACAUUUACACACACAUGUCUCUACUGCGCUGUAGGAGAAAUUUUGGUUGCACAAUGUGAUGGAAUUUACGAAGCAGCAUGCAAAUACAAAUGGUACAAGUUGGAACCGACGAAAGCAAGGAACAUAAUGAUCAUAAUGAUGCGGGCCAACAAAUCGUUAUGCCUUAGCGCUGGAAAACUGUUCCCGAUGACCAUGUCCACGUUUUGUAACUUGUUAAAGACAUCAGCCGGUUAUAUAUCGGUUUUGCUGGCACAUCGGGAAUAAAAAUAGAAAUCUACAAAAAUAUCAAAUAAAAAUCUGAU